ACCCACGUCUUCAAAAAGGCUUCCGACCUCGACAUUAGCCUCGACGUCUACGUGCCCAAGUCGGCGAGCGAGUCGUCGCCAUGCUCCACCGUCCUCGUCUGGUGGCAUGGCGGCGGGCUACUGCAGGGCACGCGCAAGGCGGCUGCUCCCCACUUGCUACGAGCCGUUGAUGAGCACAACAUCGUCGUUGUUUCGGCAGACUAUCGCCUGGCUCCUCAAACGAGGCUGCCACGCAUUCUUGGCGACGCUCGAGACGCCGUCUCCUGGGUCCAGCAAGAGGGAUCGCUCAGCAAGCUCACGGGAGGUCGCGCUCGUCCCGACAAUGUCUUUGUGAGCGGCAGCAGCGCAGGAGGAUGGCUCGCUCUCCUCGUCGCCAACAGUAUCGGCUUCAAGGAAUGCGGCGUACCCGACCUCCCUGCCAAGGUCAAGGGCUGCAUCGCCAUCUACCCCAUUACCGACAUCAGCGACUCAUUCUGGACGACGCCGCAGCGCCCAGUCUCGUACAUGAACGGGCGCAUCCUCGAUGGGCGAAAGGACCUGGGCGAUCACAUUCUCAACUCGUCUUCUCCGCCUACGACUUCGAGUGCGCCAGACUCUCGACGAAGCCAGUUCUAUCACUACAUGAUUCAGGAGGCGCUGGAGCAGAAGCUUCUCCUCGAUGAGACCAACGUCAAGCCUCGCGACGUCGCCGUUGCCCUUGCGAUCAAGGAGGGAAGAGUGGCGGCACCGGUUCCUACUAUGCUGAUCCACGGAGACAUCGACGACAAGGUGCCCAUCUCACAAGCAGACGACGUGGCCGCAGCCCUCAAGGCAAAGUCGGGCUGCGACGUCGAGUACAUGCGACUGCAAGGCAAAGACCAUCUCUACGACGUCGAUCCAAAGGAGGAGAUGCGCGAGAUGUACGACUGGAUCAAGAAGCACGUC